AAUAGACACACAAAGACAUGCGCACUCAACUUAAUCAGCCAUUUUUUUAAACAGGGCUAAAACGAUAAUAAUUAGCAGAAUAAAGACAUAUCGGAUUUUCAUUUCCUUUCCUCCGUUUCCAGAGCCCGUCCACAAGAGAAACAGCGAGGCAGCCCGUCGACACGUCGUUUCAGCGCUACCGGAACCAAAAUAAGGGAUAGCUCUCUGAAUGCUUUGACAUUUGUGAUUUUACCCCUUUUUUCCAACUUUAAAGUUUGGAGGAUUAUUGUAAUUUUCCCCGUUUUCACCUUUUGAUUGUCCUGUUACGCGAGCCGCUGGAUGUGACUGUUUUCUAAAGCAACGAGCUGAGAAGCGGAGGUGACGGCUUUGGAGGGGGAAGAAAGUCCCUAUUAGGCUGGAUGAGAUGAGAUCCUUAUGUAGUGGUCGUCAUGGCAACUUGUGACUCUCCCCCUAUGGUGUCGUCGCGGCAGCAGGAACAUGGUGGGCCGAGGCUGGACACUGCUGCUGAGGACCACUCCGCCCCGGAGACCAGCGACAGCAGCCACACCAACUGCGGAGAGCCGGACAAAGGACCAGGAGAGUCUGCUGUGAGCCCGCUGAGGUCCACUACAACCCUCACUGUCAGUGCAACCACCGACCCUGUGUCCGAGCAGAGUCGGAGAGAAAGCUUUACUACUGGUAACAAAGGGAGUGUUACUGGGACUUUACCAGGAGUCGGAGGAGGAGCAGCUUUGGGUUCAGACUGUUCUGCCCCUGCCAUGUCUCCAGUGGCACCCACUAAAGAGAUCCCCUGCAACGAAUGUUCCAGCUCCUUCUCUAGUUUACAAAAAUACAUGGAGCACCACUGCCCCAACGCCCGCUUGCCUACCACUGGGGGUUCUGAGGAGGGAGAGGAGGGGGAGGGGGUGGAGGAGAGUGAGGACGAGCGCACAGGGGCUGGAGCAGAGAUCAGUGAGAUGGAGGAGGAGAGUGAUGUGGAGAACCUUUGUGGCGAGAUCAUCUACCAGCCCGAUGGCUCUGCCUUCAUUCUGGAGGACACCAAAGAGCAGUGCGGCAACCAGGGGGCGCUCAAGAGCGCUCUCCCGUUCAGGGGCCUACUGUCCCCCCAGACCUUCCCCAACGCCCAGGCCAGCAGCGGCCAGAGCGGCCUGGGCCAAGGGGGGGAGCGGUUGGAGCAGCCCGCUGCACCCAUGUCCUUCUACCCCCAGAUCAUCAACACCUUCCACAUCGCCUCAUCCCUGGGGAGUAAAUCCCUGGCGGCUGACCACCCCUCCUUCCCAAAUACCUCAGCUGGAGGGCUGGCGGGCGCUGGUCCCGUGUUGCACAGUUUUCGUGUCUAUGACCUCCGCCACAAGAAUGACAAAGACUAUCUGACGGCGGAUGGUGCAGCCAAAAACUCCUGUGUGUCCAAAGAUGUCCCCAACAAUGUGGACUUGUCCAAGUUUGAGGGCUGCAUAUCCGAUGGGCGGCGAAAGCCUGUACUCAUGUGUUUCCUGUGCAAGCUUUCCUUUGGCUAUAGCCGCUCCUUCGUGACACAUGCUGUCCACGACCACCGCAUGACCCUGAAUGAGCAGGAGCAGAAACUGUUGAGCAACAAACAUGUCUCAGCAAUCAUCCAGGGCAUCGGCAAGGACAAAGAACCUCUUAUAAGCUUUCUGGAACCAAAAAAAUCCCCCAACUCUGUGCUACCCCAUUUUCCCACACCUGCCAACUUCCUAGGGCCAGACACGGGGCUCCGCAGCUUGUGGAACGCGUUCCACAGUGGGGAGAGUGCAGACUCCCUUCAAGCAGGUUUUGCCUUUCUGAAGGGCAGCGCCAGCAGCUCCUCCAAUGACCAAACCCCCAGAACCCAAAACAUGCCAAAGGCUGAGACCAACCCAAACCUCGGGGGAGGGGCUGGUGCCCACAGGACCCCUGGAGGAAGUGCUGCUGCUGCCACUGGUGGCAACCUGGAAGGCCGGAACUCUGAUAUUGACUGCAAAGGCCACAUUAGGGACACAUGCACUUUGCAACCCAACGGCUUGGACCUGAGCCAGUACCCACCCAUCAAGCGGGAGCCUGGUGCAGUGGGAGGAGACAGUCCAGACCUGGAUGAAGAUUCUUACUCAAAUGGAGGUGGAGCAGAGAUGGAGGCGGAUGAGGAGGAGGAGCAGGCCAUGACAAUGGCAUUGACAGGCCAGCGAGCUGACAGCACCAGUAGCAAAGAUUUUCCUCUUUUAAACCAAAGUAUUUCCCCCUUAUCCAACAGUGUGCUUGCAUUUAACAGUGAGAGUAAAGGUCCUGCUUCUGCCUCCUCUUCUUCUCUGUCUGUAAGCGACAAGAGCCGCCUGGCCUCUGCUGUGGUAGCUGCCAGGGAGCGAGACAAUAGUAAUGACUCGAGCAGUGAAACACUAACAGGACGGGAUGGGUCAUCGCCAUCUGCCCAUCCCCUCGAUAUGAUCAUGUUACGCAGAGAAGAUGAGAGUCCCGGUCCUCUGCACCAACACGCAGGGAACCCCAGUACGCCCGGUACUCCGGGUACUCCUGGUACUCCUGGGCCCGGGGAGGGUUCCCCAGGCAGUGGAGUGGAGUGUCCAAAAUGUGACACUGUCCUGGGAUCUUCACGGUCACUGGGAGGGCAUAUGACCAUGAUGCAUUCACGCAACUCCUGCAAAACACUAAAGUGUCCCAAAUGUAACUGGCAUUAUAAGUACCAGCAGACACUGGACGCCCACAUGAAGGAGAAACACCCUGAGUCUGGGGGCUCCUGUGUCUACUGCCGGACAGGACAGCCCCACCCACGCCUGGCCCGAGGCGAGAGCUAUACCUGUGGAUACAAACCUUUCCGCUGCGAGGUAUGCAACUACUCUACUACCACCAAAGGCAACCUUAGUAUCCACAUGCAGUCUGACAAGCAUCUGAACAAUGUCCAAACACUCCAGAACGGCGGCAGUGAGGCCCAGUACAACCACAACCACACCGCUCCUGUGCCCAGUGCCAGCCUCGGAGGGGGAUGUGGUGCCCCUUCGCCCUCCAAACCCAAACAGAAGCCCACAUGGCGAUGCGAGGUCUGUGACUAUGAGACCAACGUGGCUCGGAACCUGCGGAUCCACAUGACCAGUGAGAAGCACAUGCACAACAUGAUGCUGCUGCAGCAGAACAUGAAGCAGAUCCAGCACAGCCUUCACCUGGGCCUGGCUCCGGCUGAGGCUGAGCUGUACCAGUACUACCUGGCCCAGAACAUGGGGCUGGCAGGGGUCAAACUGGAGAACCCUGCGGGCAGCACUGGCCCAGAGCCCCCAAUGAUGAUCAACCCCUUUCAGCUCGACCCUGCCACCGCUGCUGCUUUGGGAUCUGGUCUGGUGAACAGCGACUUAUCGGCGGAGCUGCGUCUUGCUGGUGGUCAGCUGAUGGCAGAUGACCUGUCCUUGGUUACGGCUGGAGGGAUGGGGGGCAUGUCCUCCUCAGACCCCUCCCUGUCGUCCCUGUCGCCCCCCAUCAGUGACCCUUCCUUGCGCCUCUACCAGUGUGCCGUGUGCAACUGUUACUCCUCGGACAGCCUGGAGGCCCUCAACGCCCAUGUCAACGCGGAGCGCUCUCUGCCCGAGGAGGAGUGGCGCUGUGUGGUGGGCGACGUCUACCAGUGCAAGCUCUGCAGUUACAACACGCAGCUAAAGGCCAACUUCCAACUGCACUGCAAGACUGACAAGCACAUGCAGAAGCACCAGCUGGUAGCCCAUAUCAAGGAGGGAGGCAAGGCCAACCAAUGGAGAUUAAAGUGUGUGGCCAUUGGCAACCCCGUGCACCUCAAGUGCAACGCCUGUGACUACUACAGCAACAGCGUGGAUAAACUGCGACUACACGCCACCAACCAGAGGCACGAGGCCGCCAUCCGCCUUUACAAGUACUUGCAGAAGCAGGACAGCGCCUACAGCCCCGAGUCCUGCGUCUACCACUGCACGCUGUGUGACUACUCCACCAGGGCUCGGCUCAACCUGGUCCAGCACGCCCGCUCCGCCCGCCACCAGCAGAGCGAAGGCCUGCGGAAACUGCAACUGCACCAACAGGGCCUGAGCGGAGAGGAGGAGCUCAGCCUGCAAGAGCUGUUCCACGUCAGAGAGAGCCCCUGCAGCCAAGAUGACACGGCCGAGGACAGUGAGAGAUCGCCUCGCUCCUCCUCCAGACCGGGACUGACUGAUCGAGACUUGACUGAAGGCAGGAAAAGUAGUGACCGAACCAAUGCCAUAUCCAAAGAGAUUUCAGGACCUAACAGCAUGGGUAAACAUUCCCUCCUGCCAGAUCGACAGAAUGAAACACCACCAAAAAGGCCCAAGUCAGCUGAGGGGAAGACCUCUGCCACUGAACAGGUCCAGCAGUGCCCUUAUUGUAACUACAGCAGUAAAGAUGCCAACCUGAUGCAGCUCCAUGUGAUGUCCCAGCAUUCCAUGCAGCCUGUGAUCCGAUGUCCGCUGUGCCAGGACGUCCUGAGUAACAAGAUCCAUCUACAGCUACAUUUGACCCACCUCCACAGCGUGGCACCCGACUGUGUGGAGAAGCUUAUAAUGACGGUUCUGGGACCUGACAAAGCAACACCAAACAAUGCAAUGCAUCAUCAAACUGGACAAGACAAAAGCUCAUCUGUAAUGGAGACCUCUACCUCUGUUUCUGAAGGGACUGGAAAGGCUCAAGGAAACAACUUGAAGGAAGAACCAUCUGCACAGGACAAAAAUGAAAUGGAAGUGCAAUGUGAAGAACUUAAGCCUCCAAAGGAAGCCUCCGAGGCCCCAGACUGGAGCAAAGGCAGUAAUGUGGGACACGAGAAGUCCUCCGACGUCUUACAGGACCAUCUAACCGAGCUCCAGAGGCUUCAGCAGCAGCAACAGCAGCUGUCAGUGUCUGAUCGACAUGUCUACAAGUACCGAUGUAACCACUGCAGUCUGGCCUUCAAGACCAUGCAGAAACUUCAGAUACAUUCCCAAUAUCACGCCAUCCGAGCAGCCACCAUGUGCAGCCUGUGCCAGCGCAGCUUUAGGACAUUCCUGGCCCUCCGGAAGCAUUUAGAGAAUGGCCAUCCUGAACUGAGUGAAGCUGAGGUGCAGCAGCUGGUUGGAAACUUGCCAAUAAAUGGAGACAUCACUGAGAGUGAGGUCAGAGCUUUAGAGGAAGCCCAGGCCUUUGAGCACGACUUAGACAAAGAUGAUGAACUAGACCAAGAAGAAAAGCCCAGUCCCACCGGCAGUGACAGCGGCUCACUGCUGGACGACAUGGGAGCAGAACCAAAACGAACCCUGCCAUUUAGAAAAGGGCCCAACUUCACUAUGGAGAAGUUCUUAGACCCAUCUCGGCCUUAUAAAUGCACUGUAUGCAAAGAGUCCUUCACCCAAAAGAACAUUCUGCUGGUUCACUAUAAUUCAGUGUCUCAUUUGCAUAAACUAAAGAAAGUACUUCAAGAAGCUUCAAGCCCUGUUCCCCAAGAGACCAGCAGCAGCAUUGAUAACAAACCAUUUAAAUGCAAUAUCUGCAAUGUUGCUUAUAGCCAAAGUUCAACGCUUGAAAUCCACAUGAGGUCAGUUCUUCACCAGACCAAAGCCAGAACAGCUAAAAGUGAAGGAAGCAGCAGCAACAGCGGCUCUAGUGGUUCGGCCCCUGCAAAAAGCCCAGCUCCCAGCACACAGGGGAACAAUAAUAGCUCUGAAACCGCUAGGAGUGGCACACCUUCAGCUAACAAAGAGAACGCUGUGGAAUCUAAAGAAGUGAACAACAGCAACACAAAACAGGCCACGACCUCUGAUCAUGUCUCAGCCCAAAGCAGCAGCCACCAGUCUGCCCAGGCCUCCACCCAGCUCCAGCUCCAACUUCAGCACGAGCUUCAACAACAAGCUGCCUUCUUCCAGCCACAGUUCCUCAAUCCGGCGUUCUUCCCCCAUUUCCCAAUGACUCCAGAGGCACUACUGCAAUUCCAGCAGCCCCAGUUUCUGUUCCCAUUCUACAUCCCAGGAGCAGAGUUUAACCUCAGUCCAGAGCUAGCGCUGCACUCGGCGGCUGCGUUCGGGAUGCCGGGUCUCACUGGAUCAUUUCUGGAGGAUCUGAAACAACAAAUGCAGCAGCAGCAUCAGCUUCAGCAGGCCCAAGUUCAACAACAAGCCCAACAACAACAGCAGCAGCAGGCCUCCCAGUCCCAGAAAAGCCAACAGAACCUCAAACCCAAAACCGAGUCAAGCGCUAUAUCUGUAGCUGAUGUUCAAAUGUCACGAGAGGCCGAAGAGCAGCUCGAAAAGCAAGAGAAUAAAGCAAAAUUAGAAAACGGAGAUGACAAUAAAGAAAAUAAAGAUCAUAAAAAGUCCAAGUUUUCAGAGCCACUCAUUCCUCCACCACGUAUAGUGUCGGGAGCAAGGGGCAACGCGGCCAAGGCACUGCUGGAGAACUUUGGAUUUGAACUAGUAAUUCAGUAUAACGAAAACAGACAGAAGAUUCAAAAGAAAAACAAAGAAGGGACAGAACAAGUAGAAAUAAACACAGACAAGCUCGAGUGUGGCAUGUGUGGCAAGCUCUUUUCCAACAUGCUCAUUCUGAAAAGCCACCAGGAGCACGUUCACAGCCAGUUCUUCCCCUACGGCAAACUGGAAAAGUUUGCCCAGCAGUACAGAGAGGCCUACGACAAGCUAUACCCCAUAAACCCCGCUUCUCCCGAGACUCCUCCGCCCCCUCCGCCGCCUCCUCCUCCGCCGCCAGCCCCCGCCCCGGUGACCACCCCUCAGCCCCCCUCUACAUCUAUGCCCAAGCCCCAAACUCCGGCACCUCCGCCCGCCGCUACCCCACACCAGAGCACACAUCAGCCUGCUCACCAGACAGCUCCACCCCAGCCUCCUCCACCCCCUCCCCCUCCAGCCGCCCCUCCCGCGCCUCCCCAAGUGCAGCUGCCUGUCCCGCUAGACUUGCCUCUCUUCCCCCCUCUCAUGAUGCAGUCAGUGCAGCACCCAGGUCUGCCGCCACAACUGGCUCUCCAGCUGCCCGGUAUGGACUCUCUUUCUACCGAUUUGACUCAGCUUUGCCAGCAACAAUUGGCUCUCGAUCCAAAUUUCCUGCGCCAGUCCCAGUUUAAGAGGCCGCGCACGCGUAUCACAGACGACCAGCUGAAAAUUCUCAGAGCCAACUUUGAUAUUAAUAAUUCUCCAAAUGAGGAGCAAAUCCAGGAGAUGUCUGAAAAAUCUGGCCUGCCACAAAAAGUUAUCAAGCACUGGUUCCGCAACACCUUAUUCAAAGAAAGGCAGCGUAGUAAAGACUCGCCUUAUAAUUUCAAUAUUCCUCCUAUCACCACACUGGAAGACAUUCGUUUGGAGCCGCAAGUUAGUGCUCUCGAUUAUAGAACUGACCCGACUAUUAACAAGAGAUCGUCCAGAACAAGAUUCACUGAUUACCAACUGAGAGUGCUCCAAGAUUUCUUUGACACAAAUGCAUAUCCAAAAGAUGACGAGAUAGAGCAGCUCUCCACUGUCCUAAACCUACCAACCAGAGUCAUUGUAGUUUGGUUCCAGAACGCUCGUCAGAAAGCCCGCAAGAGCUACGAAAACCAGGCCGACGCAAAAGACAGCGAGAAGAAAGAGCUAACGAAUGAACGCUACAUCAGAACUAGCAACAUGCAGUAUCAGUGUAAAAAAUGUAAUAUCGUGUUCCCAAGAAUAUUUGAUCUCAUUACUCACCAGAAAAAGCAGUGCUACAAAGACGAGGAUGAAGAUACAAAUGAGGAUUCUCACUGUGACGAUUAUAAUGACUCUUAUGACCUUAGUCUGCCCAGCAAAAUAUAUUCAGAGUCAUCCAGGCACCACCAUGGGACGGCUACCAGCUCCGGUUCAAGCUCGCCCACACUGGCCUCCCCUCAUACAAGUGUGGGCAAAAUUUCACCCAAGCCAGAGCCGCUCGGCCCUGAAAUCGAACCCAAACAAACUGACAACGCCCCGUCACCUGUGAUCAAGUCGCUCCCGGAACCAAGACCGUCAAAGGCCUGCACCCCUCAACCUCCCCCGCAAAAAACCACCCAGCCUCCCAUGUCGAGACCGCACUCCCAACCCCAAGCAGCUUCUGUAGCCUCCAGUCCUCUCUCCAUGGCUCUCUCCACGCUGACCAACAGCCUGCCGCACCAAAUGUUGCAGUAUCAAUGUGAGCAAUGCAAGAUCGCUUUCCCAACUGUGGAGUUAUGGCAAGAACACCAGCACAUGCAUUUCCUGGCUGCCCAGAACCAAUUCCUUCAUUCUCAGUUUCUCGAAAGACCAAUUGAUAUGCCAUAUAUGAUAUUUGACCCAAACAACCCGCUCAUGGCCAGCCACCUGCUCUCUGGAGGUCUAACCCAAAUCCCCUCACAGAGUAGCGCUAGCCUAGCAUCGGCCGGGGGCAUGAAAAGAAAAAUGGACGACAAGGACGAGUCUGCAAAUGAUAAAGAUGGUGGAAACAGCAGUGAGGAACAACACCGAGAUAAGCGACUGCGGACCACUAUAACGCCGGAACAACUGGAGAUACUUUAUGAUAAAUACUUACUCGACUCCAACCCAACACGGAAAAUGCUGGACCAUAUCGCACGAGAGGUUGGCUUGAAAAAGAGGGUGGUGCAAGUGUGGUUCCAAAAUACCCGAGCCAGAGAAAGAAAGGGGCAGUUCAGAGCCAUCGGACCCUCCCAGUCACACAAGAAAUGCCCCUUCUGUAGAGCCCUCUUCAAGGCUAAAUCUGCUUUAGACAGCCACAUAAGGUCCAGACAUUGGCAUGAGGCUAAACAAGCAGGCUUUAGUUUGCCUCCCAGCCCAAUGAUGAAUCAAGACAAUGACAGAGGGGAAAGUCCAAAUAAGUAUUCUUUUUUCGACUGCCCACCUCUGCCAAUUAAGAGUGAGCAAAAUGACUAUGGGAUGCCUGCUGCUUCCUCUACCCCCAUGAAACCAACUGAAGCCCAGGUAAAAAACUUCUUAAGCCCUUCAUCCUUAAAAGCUGAAAACUGUGAUGAAACUGAAGGGCCUAAUAUGAAUUCAGCAGAGACUUCGUCAUAUGACCUGAAAAUGGACUUUGAUGAGACCUCGUCGAUAAACACAGCCAUUAGUGACGCUACAACAGGUGACGAAGCCAACAACAACGAGAUAGAGAGCCUCACUGCAAAUGGUGGCGAUAAGCUCAGUGAUAAUAAAAACAAUCUCCUCACAAACUCUGAUUGUUUAAACGACAGAUUCCAGUUCAGCAUGGUCAGCCCCGCCCUAAGCUUUUCUGGAAAAGACUGUGACUCGUACUUCAGCUCCAGAGAUGACGACAUGGAGGAAAACAAUGACCAAAGUGAGUCAUCUAGCCUCGCUGAUCCAAGUUCACCAAGUCCGUUUGGUGCGUCUAACCCUUUUAAGUCUGGCAAAGGGAACAAUGGCGGAGACAGACCAGGACAUAAACGCUUCAGGACUCAGAUGAGCAACCUGCAGCUCAAAGUCCUCAAAGCGUGUUUCAGUGACUACCGCACCCCCACAAUGCAGGAGUGUGAGAUGCUGGGCAACGAGAUAGGACUCCCCAAACGCGUAGUGCAGGUGUGGUUCCAAAAUGCCCGCGCUAAAGAAAAGAAAUUCAAGAUAAACAUCGGAAAGCCGUUCAUGAUAAGUCAAGGCUCCCCCGAAGGCCCCAGACCAGAGUGUACUUUGUGUGGUGUGAAGUACACUGCUCGCAUGUCAGUGCGAGACCACAUAUUCUCUAAGCAGCACAUCGCCAAAGUGCAGGAAACCCUGGGCAACCAGGUAGAUAGAGAAAAGGACUACCUAGCACCAACCACUGUCCGUCAGCUCAUGGCCCAGCAAGAACUGGACAGACUGAAGAAAGCCGGAGAGGGUCUGAUGCCCGGGCAGCAGCAGACUGCAGUGGACGAAAACAAUGCACUUCACGGCCUCAGCCUGCCCUCGGGCUACCCUGGGAUAUCAGGGCUCCCACCAGUGCUGCUCCCGGGGGUCAACGGGCCAUCCUCACUCCCCGUGUUCCCUCCAAACACACCUGCUUUAGCGUCUCCCGGUGCUGGCAUGCUUGGGUUCCCUACACCAGCCACCCCCUCUCCUGCCAUGUCUCUGAGCACUACCCCAACCAAGACUCUUCUGCAGACUCCUCCUCCUCCACCUCCUCCUCCUCCUGUUCCCUCCACACCUUUGACAGUCAAUCACACAGAGCAGCAAGGCAAGGACGCAGAGAGAGACAGCAACAAGAAGCCAGGAGACAAGACUGCGCAGACCAAGGCGAAGGACAGAGAGACGGAGAGCAGCCCGCGCCCCAACACCCCCAGCACCAACAAGAAGAGAGAGAAGGCCGCUCACCCCGCAGGGAAACCAGGAAGUGAGGUGGACGCCACUCAGCUGCAGGCCCUUCAGAACGCCAUGGCUGCAGGUGACCCCAGCGCCUUCCUGGGGGGGCAGUUCCUGCCAUACUUCCUCCCUGGAUUUCCCAACUGCUUCACUCCUCAGCUGCCCAGAGGGGUCCAAGCCGGGGGAUACUUCCCCCCCCUCUGUGGAAUGGAGAGCUUGUUCCCCUAUGGCCCGGCGGCUGUCCCACAGGCAGCCAUGUCUGCAGGCUUGUCCCAGACCGCCCUCCUGCAGCAGUACCAGCAGUACCAGCAGUCCCUCCAGGACUCACUGCAGAAGCAGCAGAAGCAGUUGGAGCAGAAACAGCAGAAACAGCAGAGCACCACCAACUCCAACUUCAAACCAAAAGAAGUGUCAGAGGUGAAGGACGAACCCAACAAAGGCUCUUCAACAGAAAGCACAAAAGAAGAACCGAAAACCGAAACCAAAAGUCCCAUGGAUUUAGCAGAUACUUUUAUCGUCCCGUCCGUCAAGCAUGAGUUUAUAUGCAGAAAGUGCCAGAUGAUUUUUGCUGACGAAGAUUCUGUGGUGCGUCAUCAGAAGUCCUUCUGUUACUUCGGACAUCCUUUUACCGACCCGCAAGAGACAGUGCUUCGCAAAGCAGUCAGCAACUACACGUGCGCUGCCUGCAACGUUGUUCUUAAUGGAAAAGAAGCACUUGGCCAACAUCUUCAGUCGAGCUUGCACAAAGAGAAAACAAUCAAACAAGCAAUGAGAAAUGCCAAAGAGCAUACUAGAUUAUUACCUCACACUGUCUGCUCCCCUACUCCUAACACCACAUCUACCUCGCAGUCUGCAGCUUCUUCUAAUAACACCUUUCCUCAUCUCUCUCGCUUGUCCAUGAAGUCCUGGCCAAAUGUCCUGUUCCAGGCCACCACAGCCCGGAAAGCUGCUUCCUCCUCCUCCCCGUCUGCCUCUCCUCCCCCUCCCCUGUCCUCACCUUCAACGGUUACCUCAACUUCCUGCAGCACCUCAGGGGUUCCAACCUCACUACCCACCGAGAGUUGUUCAGAUGAGUCUGACAAUGAGCUAAGCCACAAGCUGGAAGACUUAGAUAACGCGUUGGAAGUCAAGGCAAAGCAGGCCUCUGGUCUGGACGCCAGCUUCAGUAGUAUAAGAAUGGAUAUGUUCAGUGUGUAGGAGUGACAAAAGGAUCCCUUGCUUAAAGAAAAAAUAAGACUUUUUAAACUGCAGUUCCAAAGUUUCUCUUAACCCAAAAAAUUACAGUACCAAAUGAUUGACUCAGGAUUGUUUUUCCCAUAUUGAUAUGCUGGCAAGAUAUUGAUUGAUUUUUGUUAUGGACAGAACUGUUGCAGAUGCUUGACUGAGCUUAUAUUGUAUACAAAACAUGGAGUAGGAAAAAAUCCCACAAGUCCCUCGAGGGCUUGUUUCAAGCCAAAAACUCUCACGAUAGCAAAUUGCACCUCAGCUGGAUUGUUUUCCAAAUGCUAGCAUGUACUGUAUGGGAUGACGAUCCAGAACCCUCAAAGAGAAUCUCUCUUAGUUUAGAUAGGUGUAAUUCAGUAGCUUUAAAUUCUCAGGUCAGAACAUAACAUUUCUCAUUUGUUAAAGCAGCAAAAGCCUGGGUACACUUGGCUUAUAACCAAAACAUGUCAAGCUUUAUCGGACGCAUUUCCUUGAUGUGUAUAGAGUACCAAGAGACAAUAUUACUGUUACAAUGGACAAUGUGCAUAUCCUUUUAGUUUUGCCCUACAAAGACAGUAUGGUUUUGCCACUGAGGGAAUUUGAAUGGUGAACUUUAUGUGUAUGAUGCCCCUGUGUUUGCCAGUUUGUAUUCCAACAAGCUGUAUCCUUAAUUUCUUGUAGUAUAUACUAAUCUGUGCCAACUCUUACCUUCUCACCUUACCUCUGCUCACGCCCUUUUCUCAAGAGGUAAUAACUCUAGUUUUGAUAGACUCUUGAAUUAUGUGAAUAUAACAUUUUUCAUUUGUGAAUUGCUGUACUGUUACGGUACCUGCUUGUGUCUGGACUAUAGUGCACUUAUUUUGUUUGAUUUGUCUUUUUAUUAUGAGUAGGCCAUUUGUUAAUUUAAUAGAGUUUUGUUUAUAUGUCUGUAUGUAUGUUUGUCUUUAAUUAUUAUUUGUGUCUAUUGCAGCAGCAUAUUGGUCCACAUUUGUUACAAGAUUGAUGCCUAACAAUCUAGAAACCUAUUUAAUAAUUGGUGCAUCCAAGGAAGCAGUACUGUAUACUUGAAACUGUUAAGGUACAAGUUGGUCACGAUGUUAAAAUAUGAUCAUGCUUUACAUUUACAAAUAUGCUGCUUCAAAAGGAGGACAACAGCAUUUGUGUUGUAUAUUCAGACAUGUUCAUGAUGUAGUCCAAACAGUGUUACAUCCACACGCUGCCAUUAGGUUGACGUCCUCCCACCAAUUCUCUGGGCACUUGAUCUACACUUUUAGUGAUUUCAGCAUUGCUAAGUAUUACCUUUUUUGCUUGCCAUAAAUUCUCUAUAUUUGUGUCAGACAAGAUCCUGAUCCAUUCAUCGCUUUGCUUUGCUCUUUUCCGUUUCUUUUCUUUCUUUUAUUUUACUGUGGAACUAAGAAUGUGAAAGCUGUCAAAGGGUGUUCUGUUUUUUACGAAUCACUUUCUAGUUUAGUAAUUGAAACCAAUGUGAUUCAUUCCAAAGUAACAGAAGGCUAUUUGUAUGAAAGAAAAGGCUUGUGAACAAAGAACGCUAAGCUGUUGUACAUAUUUGUAGUUGGCUGUGCAUGGUACAAAUUUAUUAAUAUGAAGAAAUGCAAAAAUGUAUUGCUUUUGGUAUUUCCUAUUCUGAGAUGAGCAAGUAGCAUGUAAUGCAACUGUCUGACAGGUUAAAUCAAAUCAUGCUUCGUUAUUGUUUCAAACAAUGACAUCAAAUAUCAUUUCCGUAUGUUUUAUUAUUGUAUUUUUUAUUUUGACGCAAAAUGCCAGUUUUAUUUUUCUGUGUGAGCUUUCUAAAUGUCAUUAUUUGGAUUUUGAGUAUUUUAACACUUUCUUUAAUCCUGAAGACACUUUUUGAUUGUGUUUCAUAAGAGACAUCCUGGCCUCCCAAGGUGCAAUUCUGCCAUUGUACAAACAUGACUGUCCUGAUCCCAAAGGCUUUCUCUACUCUGGCGUUUUGCCUUUCCCACUUUGUGGCUCAGCAUUCAAAGACUGAACUGUCAGCUAGCAUCAUGUGCUAAGAUGCUAGUGUCCGACAGUACGCUUUCCACACCAAGGACUGGUAAAAGCUAACAAACCAACAAAGAGGAUGGUCCAACAAUAUACUGUACAUAGAUAUUGCAACUGCACAGCAGCCAAAAAGAAAAAAAAAACUUUUUGAAAAAAAAAUGGAUGGAUUGUGUCAUGUUUUAUGGGGACAGCCUUCAAAAGGUUGAAAGUGGAAUUGUUCUUCUGGAUGUCAAAGGGAUUUUCAUGGCGCAAUCAUAUCCUCCACAAUAUGUACUCUUCAACAUCUGGGUUACAUAGGAAAUGCACCCUGAGGUUUUAAUAAGAAGAAGCCCCUAUGGCUAAAACUUUAAAUAAACUAAACCAAAAAUGUUAUUGAUGUUUUAUAUAUAGAGAGUAGUUGCAUUAGUUUUUGUUACUGUACUGUUUGAGGUCUCAACUGUACCGUACCACGGUAAUAACAUGGUUUUGAAACCUUUUUUUAUUUUGUCACAGACCUGUUGUCAUAGUUGAAAUGACGUUUAUUGUAGAUGGUAUUUGAACAACUUCUGGAAAUAGUUCAUCAAGUAUGUUUGUUGCUCAUUGUUGUGAUACAUUAAAAACUGUAUCUGCAAACGA